CCAUGCACUUCCGGCAACGAAACCGACAUUUGACAGGGACAGGUACGGAAAAGGUCUAGCUCAUUAAACGCCCUGUUUGCUCGAUUUUUCUUCCAUGGAAAUUGACAAUGGAUGAUCAGAAAUGACAAAAGUUAGAUAUGUUGUAAGGGUUUGUACAUAGAUGAGCCAAAUCAUACAUAAAACUUGGUUAUGAGCAACGGGAACUUGCGACCCUCCUCCCGUGGGGGAUUGUUUGGCAAGAAAAACGAAGAUUAUGUUUACAGUGGAGCUCAAGUACAGAAUGUCAAAAAGAACCGUGUUUACGUCUUCGGCGACGCCGAUGUUGCGGAUGAUGACGUCGUUGAAUUUGAAAUGGAAAUGCGAUCAAGAAAAGCACCAAAGGUUGUCGACCCAAAGGAAAAAGAACCCAUUUACUUCGAAAGAGAAAUUACAGAAGGGGACAGCUUACGGAGCCUGGCUCUUCAGUACGGAUGUCCGGUCUCAGAACUGAAAAGGAUCAACAACUUUAUACAAGAUCAGGAUUUCUAUGGGUACAAAGUAGUAAAGGUGCCUUUGAAACGGCAUUCUUUCCUAACGGAACAUAUUGCCCAGGGGAAGGAAGAGCAGACAAAACAGCAAUCCCGGACAGCCCAGAGCAAUGGUAUGACAGUAGUGGAUGAAACAUGUGAAAGCAGCCAUGACUUACAAGAUAACACAGACAAUGAUUCAAUUUGUGACAUGAGUGACCCGGAAACUCAAAAUUUGAUCAUUCGAACAUUAAGUAUAAGUGAUGCACUCAAUAAUCAGUCUCGGGAUGCUCAAAAGUUUUUAGAUAACAUGGACAAGGAUUUGUCUAAAAUCAGACAAGCAAAUGACAGAACAAAUCGUCGAUCGUUGGACGAGGUUGUGUCUUUGUUAACUAAUCGAACAAUCAGACCUUUUCCAAAAAAUGGGAACAAGACUGAUGGUGCCAACUGGGGGAUUUCCUUGAAAUCUUUGGUCGUUGGUCUUAUAGCCUUAGCAGUUAUAUGUCCUGUGAUAUUUUAUCUCUUUGUUACAUAUUCCUAACAAUGA